AUGCCCCCCUCCUUGAAAGUGAUGCUCGAUGGCUCUUUGUUCGACAUUCGGGACGCUUGUAAAAAGCAACCUGACAUCUUCCGCGACACUCUCAUUUCGGCCCUUCUAUUGAUUCCACUUGACGACCAAAACAUUAAGCGCAUUCAACUUGGGGAAGCCUUUCGCGGCUCUCUCCAAGCUGAGCGACACUCCACGCCAUAUCGCCUCCAUUCUGUUAUCUCAGCAUGCAAGGAAGGGAAGACUGAUGAGGCUUCACUUGAGGCCAAGUUUUUUGAACACGGAGGUGCUCGGGCUGUUACGGCUCUUGCAGCGGCCGCUGCAGAUGACAACAACAUCAUGGUCCAACUGGAAAAUCUGAGGAAUGAGGAGCUGCAAGCGUUCUUGGAGUCUAUCGACACGAUUGAGUGGCAUCGUGAUCUUCUUUUUAUGGCUGAGGCAAUGGACAGGAAACGCCUGUCGAUAACCUCAAAGAAAAUAUACCUCGUCCGGCCCCGGCCUUCUCGGAGCAUUAAGACACCCAUUGUGGACGCCACACCAAUCCAAAAGCCAUCCCAGCAUUCUCGUCGUGCUGUGCGUCAGACCUGUUCAAAUAGAGGCCGGUUCAUCAAUGUUGUUCAUGAUCGAAGCAACCCACCCUUCCCAUAUCAAACGUCAUCUCAUACUGGUCCUACAGAUGCUGCGAAACAGACUCCUAUGGGUAAAUGUCCUUAUACCGAAAACGCGAUUAUGGAGGCGGAAUUGAGGGGUUUCGAAUAUGCUGGCAUAUACCAAUCGGUCCCCGAAAAUCAACCCUUAUCUGGAGGCGGCAGCAAUAGGAUUGAUUUGGACCGUAUUGAUAGCGCUCCACCAUCUCUUGAUGAAGUCGGGUCUGACACCGACUACUUUGGAAUCGAUUUGGACCAACUUAAUUCUUUCUGA